AUGCCACAUGAUACAAAAAAUGAUGACAAAAAAUUUGUUGAAGAUUUACUUAAUCAGCAUUGGGAGUAUGUAUACUUCUUCGCUGAUAAUCCAAACACUAUGUGGGAGAUUUGGAAGAAAUUGUUUCAGGAAUUAGUACUAAAUAAGCAUGCACCCAUUCAACAAAAAAAGAUCAGAUCAAAAAAAGUCCUUUGGAUUACUAGUGAAAUCAAAAAGCUUAUAAAUAAGAGGGGUAGAUCUAAGAGAAAAGCCGUUAUUAAAAACCUUGAAGCAGAUUGGUUAGUGUAUGAACAAACCAGAGAUAAAGUAAAUAUAGAAAUGAAAAAAGCCAAAAAGGAUUGUUACUCCAAGAGAAUUGCUGGUCAAAAACAAAAUCCAAAGGAGGCUUGGAAAACAAUAAACAACUUACUAGGCAGACAAAACAAACAAACAAAAGUAGAUGAGUUGAGUAUAAGUGGAAAUAAUUUAGCAAAUUCAGAAGACAUUGCAGAGGGCUUUAACGAAUUCUUUUCAAAUAUUGGGCCUGACUUAGCUAGCAAAAUUGAUACUUCGAAUUACAAUUUUCAAGAGUAUAUUAAGAAACCUAAAUCAGAAUUCACUGUAUUUGAGUCAAUUACCACGAACAAAGUUUAUUAUCUCCUACAUGGCCUCUCUAGUGCAAAAGCCACUGGCGUUGACAAAAUUUCAAGUAAAAUUUUAAAACUAGCAGCACCUGCUAUCUCCAGUUCAUUAACUUAUAUUUUUAAUCAGGCUAUUAUUACACUAUUCACUUUUCCCGAUGAAUGGAAAAUGGCAAGAGUAUCACCUCUUUAUAAAAAUGGCCAAAAAAUUUGCCUGGUAACUACCGACCAAUUUCUGUUUUGCCAGCUGUUAGCAAAGUUAUGGAAAGAAUUUUAUAUGACCAGUUAUAUGAUUAUUUGACGAAAUUUCAGCUACUUAAUGAUUGUCAAUUUGGCUUUCGCAAAUCGCACUCAACUGCUACAGCGUUACUAGACUGUACUAAUAGUUGGUAUAUGAAUAUUGACAAAAAAAUUAUUUAACUUGGUUGUACUAAUUGACUUAAAAAAGGCAUUUGAUACUGUCGACCACCAGAUUUUACUAAAAAAACUCGAAAUUUAUGGCGUAAAAGGAGAUGCUUUGGCUCUACUAAAAUCGUACUUGAUAAAUCGCACUCAGAAAUGCCAAGUUAAUGGAACUAUUUCAUCGGAGCGGUUGAUUAAGUGUGGCAUGCCACAAGGCUCUAUUUUAGGGCUAUUAUUCUUUUUAUUAUAUAUUAAUGACUUGCCUCAGUGUCUAAGCAAAACAAAACCUCGACCGUUUGCUGAUGAUGCAAACCUAACAGCUGCGGGAGAAUCUAUAAAUGAUGUUGAAACUGCAAUGAAUUCUGAUUUAGAAAACCUUAGGAAAUGGUUAAUUGCCAAUAAACUAAGUUUAAAUGUGGCCAAAACUGAAUUUAUAUUAAUUGGAUCUAAACCAAUGAUAAAAAGUAUCUCAAAUAGACAACUAAACAUUAUCAUAGAAAACAAACCAAUUAAACAAGUAUAUGAUUGCAAAACUCUUGGAGUGACCAGCAUUUGUCUUGGAAGAAUAAUACUGAAACAAUUUGCAAGAAAAUAACAUCCGGGAUAUCAGCUCUUCGUCAAAUAAAAGAAUUUGUUGAGAAAGAUACACUUUUACUACACAGCUUCUUUCAACGUUACAUCGUAUUGGACAAUUGCUUGACAAAAAUACCCAGACGGACAUUCUAUUUCUUGACUUCGCUAAAGCCUUCGACUCAGUGGAUCAUGCCAUUCUCCUAAGAAAGCUGAAAGAUUACGGUAUCUCAGGAAACAUUUACAGAUGGUUCUCUGACUACCUGCAUAACCCUACCCAGCGAGUUGUUGUAGAGGGUGCUGCUUCGUCAUGGUCCCCUGUCACUUCUGGCGUUCCACAGGGAAGCAUCUUGGGUCCAAUGCUUUUCUUACUCUUCAUCAACGAUCUUCCUGAUGUCAUUCCUGAAUCUACAUCAACAGGACUGUAUGCUGAUGAUACCAAAUUGUAUAGAGAAAUCUCAACUCCAGAGGAUUGUUCACAGUUACAAGAAGCUUUGUCGUGUGCGGAUGUUUGGAGUAAGGAUAACAACAUCAACUUUAAUCCCUCAAAAUGUAAAAUAUUGACAUUCUCUCGCCGUAAAACACCUUUUCUUUUCGAAUAUUAUCUGGGAUCAUCCGAAUUGAAGCGUGUGAUCAUGAAUGAUGAAGUUGAUCUGGGAAUCACAGUGACCAGUAACCUUUCAUGGACAACCCAUAUCAACAAAAUAAAAGUCAAGGCGAACAGGUUGCUGGGUUUGCUUAGAAGAACAUGCCCCUUGUUAACAGACCGCAGUAUCCGGCGCACUCUGUAUCUUUCGCUCGUCAAGUCGCAAUUAUGCUAUGCCACACAGGUUUGGUCUCCCUCCCAAUAUAAUAACAAAUUAUAUCUGGAGCAAGUCCAAAGGCGUGCAACAAGAUGGAUCCUUCAAUCGAAGAAAGGUGACAUGACCUACAAGGACAGAUUACUGGCUCUGAAUCUUUUACCACUAGUGUUUGACAGGGAAAUUAAGGAUCUGACAUUUAUGUUUAAAACUUUGCAUGGUUUUUAUGAUUUGGAUGUUUUCAAUUUUGUGUCAUUUGUUAAUCAUAGUCGUACCCGUAAUUGUAAUAAUCCUUCUCUAGUGCUUAAAGUUCCGUCAUGUAAAAGUAGCACUUUCCAGUCAUCGUUCUUUAACCGUAUUGUUCCACUCUGGAAUCAUACUUGCAAAAUUGCUUCUCCUAGAGAUCUUCGCAGUUUGGCAACGUUUAAAUCCUUCUUAUCAAGAACAUACUUCAAUUUAUUAAGUAGUAGUUUUGAUGUGGAUAUGUGCUGUACGUGGUCUUUAUGUCGUAGCUGUUCAUGCCAUAGAAAUAGUUAAUUCUGAUGUAAACAUAUACCAGCUCCUCGUGUCAGGGUUUGUUUUAUCCUGAUUCAGUUUUCUAAUUUUUAACAUGAUUAUACAAAUCUGUAUUAUGUAUGAUAACUUAAAUGUGGUGCAAUAUCUUCCUAAUUUGAUUUAAUUAAUCAGCUGGUAUAUGUUUACCAAUUUAUAAUUUUUUUGUAAAUAAUGAUCCAGAUGAUCUUGAUACGCGGAAAAGUACUGGCACUAGUUGUCAAAUAGAAAUCCAUUUUGUGAUUAAAACAACUGAAUAUCUCCUGUAAUAUACUUUAUUUCGAUUCCAUAUUUUUGUCAGAGCUAUAGUUCUCAUAACCAAACAUAAUUACAAAAUUUCAACUAGUUUCAUAAAGAAUAACGAAAGAUAUAAUUGACUGAAUACUUCAAAAUGGAUUUCUAUUCGGACAACCCUUUCUGAGCGCUGAUUGGCUAAAAUACGAACAUGAGAUCACCUGGAUAUUAGAUGUAAACAAAAUUCAAGAGGGAGAGUGCCUCGCAUGGGUCUUGAGUCCCGUUCGCACUCUUGCCGUUUGAACAUCGUUCAAUAAAGCUGUUAAAACAAAUAAAAAAAAUAAAUAAAAUAAAACUUGUCUCUGUGUAUAAUUCUAUUGUUCGCCCAUACUUUACAUAUUGCUGUGAAGUAUGGGAUGUGUUUGGUGAAACACAAUCAAAACGCCUCCAAAAGCUCCAAAACAAAGCUGCCCGAAUCAUAAUGAAUAUGAGCAAUGAUGUAGAUCAUCUGGUUGCUUUAGAUGCUUUAGCUUGGAAGCCACUUAAAACGGAAAGAAUAAAGGCUAAGUCCAAACUGUUGUUUAAAUUGUUGAAUAAAAUGGGUCCUAAAUCACUUACUGAUUUAUUUACUUUCAAAAGUGAAAUGACAAAUUAUAAACUUCGAGAUGUUGAAAGUACUCUUUGCUUACCACAGCCGCGUACAAAUAGCUUGAAAAAAAGUUUCAUGUUUGACGGGGCACAAAUUUGGAAUUCUUUACCAACCGAAAUUAGAGAGAGAAACUCCAUCAUGUCCUUUGAAACUAAAAUCGCUACUCACAUUUUUGAAUAGCAUUAUUAUUCUUUUACAUGCACGAUUACCAGUAAAUACAUGACACUUGACAAAUUGUUUAUUAUGAAACAAAGUAUUAUUAUCUACAAAAUACAAGCAAUAUUUAUUCGUCCGAAAUCUGUGUGUGUUCCUAGCACGAAUACGUUUCCUUAUUUCAUGAGACCACUGCAUCGCGAAGGAUCGUCAUGGAUCGUUCGUAGUUCUGAAUUAGGGCAUGCUGUCACAAUGGAAUUGUGAAGCUCUUCUAACUUCUGCAACGUUCUGAAAUCUUGUUAAGAACAUCAAACUCAUUAGCCUUUUCUUAAUCUAUUUAAGUUCAGAAUAGACUGAGAAUGAAACACAAUCAAACCAUACAACUCCAUAAGACAUAACAAUUAAGCAUGCAACUCCCUAGAGACAUCCAACAUUUCUGGAACGAAACGUAACAAAAUAGUAGCGUUGAUACUGUGAUGUGUAUUUGCAAAAAGCAAUAUUAUUUCCUUCAUUGCGCAGCAUUUCUCUAACCGAGAAAUAAUCAACUCUGUUUUGAACCCAUGAAGAACAUAAAAACAAUUAGGCUAAGAAAAAUUUAAGCGCCUGCUUUGCAUGGUCUUUGAUGUACCUUGUAAAUGUGUAAAGUUUGUAAAGAUCUAUUAAAUACUUGCAUAAAUUCGUACGUUCAUAUUUCAGGAAACAAUGAGCUAAGACUUACAUGUAAGAAGUCUAAAUCUACGCCAUAUCCCUUACAAACCCUAACGACAAUUCGCUGAAAUACAAGUUAGCUUGAUAUGUCAUCAAGCAAACAAACGCUCAAGUUAAUAUUUGAUAUGCCGAUUUUCGCUAAUUUUAGACACAUCCCAAAAUAUGCUCCCGAAUUUGAACAUUAAUAUCUCCGUGAAUUUUUAAGUAAAAUACAACUGUAAUAUAUCAAAAUCUAAGUUAGUCCUUCCUCUAUUUAAUGCAAGUUAUUUCUGUUUGAUAGCUUUACUUAUUUAGAAGUUAUUAUAAAUCAAACCGGAGUACUUUUUUGGGACACCCAGUAUAUAUAUAUAUAUAUAUAUAUAUAUAUAUAUAUAUAUAUAUAUAUAUAUAUAUAUAUAUAUAUAUAUAUAUAUAUAUAUAUAUAUAUAUAUAUAUAUAUAUAUAUAUAUAUAUAUAUAUAUAUAUAUAUAUAUAUAUAUAUAUAUAUAUAUAUAUAUAUAUAUAUAUAUAUAUAUAUAUAUAUAUAUAUAUAUAUAGUAGCGACGCAAACAUUCAAACCUUGACUGAAUUAAUUCCGCUCUACUUAUUAUGGUAUUGAGCGCUCUUCUACCUUACGUCAACUCAUCGACUAUUUUUUUGAAAAUAGUCUUCAGUAUAUAUAUAUAUAUAUAUAUAUAUAUAUAUAUAUAUAUAUAUAUAUAUAUAUAUAUAUAUAUAUAUAUAUAUAUAUAUAUAUAUAUAUAUAUAUAUAUAUUACUAUAUACUAUAUCUUUGCAAUUUUAUUAUUGUACACGCCCCUUGUGGAAAUCACCCUAGGUUGACAAUGGUUAGCAUGUUUAAAUAAAAGUUUCUAUCUAUCUAUCUAUGAUACGAUUGUUUCAGCCCGGUUGAUUGGGAUUUAGAUUUGACCGUAAACAGUUUGAGACGCUUAGUUUUAGUCAGAACUAUUUUCAUCCCGUGUUAUUAAACCGCCGACUGGAGUGUAGGCUAUGCACAGCUCAGACCUUUCUAGCUCGGGUUGGGAUGAUACGAUCGCGAUUUGAAGCAUUUUCAGCUACUUGACUUUUGUGCAUGUCAUGACAUUGUGGUUACAUGCGAUUACAUACUGCCCGGAUUGUGUCGAGUUUCAGUCUGGAUCAAACGGGGCUGGUAUUUCAGCCCGGAAUGAAGCUUAAAAUAAUUGUUCAUAGUUGUCAACUUUCAAACCCUGCAGUAUAGCUCAGGUUUUAUUCGGUGUCGGGAUUUUCCGAUGCGAGAACGCGGUUUUUAACCAAAGUGGGGAACGCGUUCCAACCGCGUUCGGAACGCGAACGCAGUGUUGGGUUAUUUCUGACCAGUACUGUAUAUGUUGCUUUAUCAGGUGAUCAUACAAACUUAUACUUAUACUUAAAGGUGAAAGUAAUAAAUAACAAAAUAGCAGGUGUAAAGAUCAAUAAAAGUUUUAUUUUUAUGACAAUGUUGAGUUAAUGAACGCCAUUAUUACAUUAAUUCUUCACGGAAACAUUUUUUAGGACACAAUACGUAACACUAUAAAAUGCAUUUUAUUGGUUAUAUAGAAUGCUUUUAUUCCCACAAUGCCUCAUGAUGAUGGCCCUGAAGUUAUGCAAGCAACCAAUGGACGGUGGUAUGGUAAGUCAAGGAACAAACUGAAGUAACAAGGAACAACUUUAAUUCGUUCGUUUAUGCAUAAAAUUUGAUCAUGAGCAGGCCAUAUACUUCUCAUUUAUUAAGUAUAAAUACACUUGUGCUAUUUUGUCCGUAUCUCUAUAUAAUACAAGAAUUCUGAAAAUUAGUUGAUUGUUUUACUUUUUAGAGUGUCCAAAAGGACAUCGUUAUGUUAUUACAGAAGUAAGUACUGUAAACGACAUGUACAACAGUACAAAUGUAUAUUGCAUCACAACGUAUGUUGAACUUUCGCCAACAAAUUUUAAAAAGUGAAUGUUUCACCUUGAAUUACCUUAGGAGCUUUGCAGGUGUGCAUGCUUGACUUAAGUUUAUACAUCAUACAUGCUUGUUCCUUUUGCAAUAUUGUCUUUGUUAUGGCGUACGAGUGGAAAAAAUUAGGGAGGGGGCGAACAAAAUUUGCCCGAUUUUGAUGGGAUAAAUUUCGUUAUGAAUUUCGCAAAAUUCCUUUUCGAAGCGGAAGGAAGUUUUACCCCAUUUUUAGUAGAAGUUUUCGAUUUUUAUACAGCAUUGCUGAAUUUUUAAUUGGAACUUGCCCGACUUAAAAAAUAUUGAGAGGGGCUUUCCCCCUCUUCUCCCACACCUAUGGUUUUUGUACAUUUCAAAGCGUGCUAUUCCCCUGUAAUAAUUUGGUUUUUGUUUCUUAGUGUGGAAACCCAAACCAAAGCUAUCGUUGCCCAACAUGUAACGCCAACAUCGGUGGCCAGGGCAUUUUAGCAGCAAACAACAGAGAUGCAUCCAGGUGAGUCUGUGCAAGAGUAAUGAAAAUCGGUGUCCAAUUAUUUGUUUGGUGCAGGGUGUAUAGUAGUAUAAAUUCAUGCUUAUAAAAUUAAAGGAGAAGAUUUAAAACUAGGAAAUUAGUAGAAAUACAUGCAUCCAGUAACCCCUCGCCUAUAUAUAUUUUCCAAACAUUGAUUUAACAUGAAGUAUUAGUAAUUGAUCAACACUGAACGCAGGCUUGCGUUUACGUCGGUGCUGCCAUGGCAACACGAUAAUUUUAAUUUAUAUUUAACAAAUAUAAAACAUUUCCGUGUUGAUAUAUACUGUAGUUAUAUCAACACGAGUGAAAAUUGGGAAAACGAGUAAUUUUGUGGAAACGAUGCUCGAAAGGUGGAGUGUUUUCACACAAUUUCGAGUUUUCCAAAUUUCCACGAGUGUUGAUAUAACUGUAUAUCAAUACGGAAAAAAGUUUUUAUAUUUGUUUUAUAAUAUAGCACAAAGAAACAUAAAGAAAGAAAUUUUCCGACGUUUCCGUGCUGACACUGAGUUAUAUCAAUACGGCUCUUAGCCAAUCAGCGUUCAGAAUACAACACGCCAAAAACGCCGAAAGAUAAUUGCUUUUAACUAUAUAACAAUGAAUUUCCGAAAUAUGUACUGUAGGUAUGUUGUUCUGGACUUUGUGAGCUUCGAUUUAAUGUAAAAUUUUACCUGAAUCUCCUCGUAAAAUGUCUUGAAUAAAAUGUUUUGUAAAAUGGUAAAAUGGUUUGCCAAUAAACUGUUUACUUCAAAUUGGAGUUCAAAUUGUUGAGUAAUUUUAGUUUGGUUUUCAAAAUAAUUUGAUCUUCUUUACAUUUUACUAUUUUCCUUAAAUUAAACAGGGUAAUUUAGGAAACUUACAGCUUCACUGAAAAGGGAAACAGUCAUGUUUUACGCAAUAAAUUAGCGACAAAAUGCGUAAACAUUAAACAUUCAAAACAAACUUGCCCUUUGAAAAUUGAAAUCUUGCUUGUCCCACUCUUGGCAAACAGCCAUAUAUUUUGAGAUCAGGGAUAAUUUUUUAAUCGUUCCACAGGUGUUCUGAGUUGUAACGUAUUAAACGAUUAUGCUCAGCAUGAUCAUAUGUUAUUACUCCUGUAAUAAUAUACAUAAAGAUAUUACUCGACUGUGAUUGGUUGAUGUCAGUGCGGUUAAUCCCAGACAGCAGUGCAAUUUUCUGUAAUCACAGUGCAAUUUUUUGUAAUCACAGUGCAAUUUUCUGUAAUCACAGUGCAAAAAUCUGUAACAAACUGACCUGAUUGGUGGAAAAACAUUGUGAUGAUUAAAUCAACCAAUCAGUUUAAAGCAAUUUAGUUUAAAGAAGUAACGGUCACUGACUGCUUCAAAACAAAACAAACAUGGCGCCGCGCUACACAAAGAAAAAGUUGCCUUCGUGUGAAAAAUAUGGCUUUUAUCUUUAUUUUUAAAUGGAAAAGCAAUUACCUUAAACAAGACUAACAAAAUUAAAUUACAUAGUUGAGUGGAAUUUUCAAGUUGCGUUAGCGUUGUAUAAUGUGAUAUAACAAAGCCAGGAAAACUUUGCCAAUGGAAUGUUCGCUAUAAACGCGUAAGUUAAAACUACAAUUGUCUCGAACAUUUUUUAUGUAAAUUAUUAAUAGGUAAUAGCAUGGUUUCUCGUGAAAUUUGCAUAAACAUGCACUCGUGAGUUUUUCAAAGACCUCAAAUAGCACUCGUCUUUCAGACUCGUGCUAUUUUGAGGUCUUUGAAAAACUCACUCGUGCAUGUUAUAUCCAAAUUGCACUCGAAACCGUGCUAUUACCUAUACUACCCAAGCGUUAUAGCAUCUUGAAUUUUUUGUAUUUGCCAACUUUACCUACAUGCAGUUAUUGAAUGAUUUCUUUGUUAUAAAAAUAUACAAUACGAAAUUUCAGGUAUUAAAAAGAGUAUGCACAGUCAAUAUUUGUAGAGCGUAAAGCUAUACGUUUACACGCUGCGAUUAAUCGUGUACGAUUUGUUUCCUGGCGUAUGUCAUGGACUAAACACGCGUAAGCUGGCUACAUUUGAAAUUUCGUUUUAACCAAACGGCAAUGAAUUAUGGCACCAGCACUCAUUUUAAUACGCCAGAAUACUAAUCGUACACGAUUAAUCGUAGCGUGUAAACGUAGCUUAAACCUAGCCCGUGACGACGGCACUAAUUCUGUUCGACUAUGUAUGCGAAAUUUGGAAACCAGUGAUUAUAUAUAGUGCUUGGCUACAUGUAUGUUUCAUGCGGUGAGUACUCGGCGGCAUGACCAUUUUUUCUUCCGGGCGUGGUGGGUUUCCCACCAUUGAUCUAUCCUGCUACUAUUGAUCUCGAAAUGUGAGUCAGAGAGCAUAUGAAAAUAUGAGUCCGAGAACAUAAUAGGCCUACGUAUCUUGAAUUUUUCGGGAAUUAAUAAAUUUCUAGUUGAAAGUACUAAAUUUUCUUUUUUUCCCCCAUUUUGUACGAAACAACAAAAUGCGUGACAGCGUUAUCACUUUAAGCGAACCAGCGUUCGUUUGGAAGUUGGCUAAUUAUCACAACGAGGGGUUGCAGCAGGCAUGUAUUUAUAGUCGUGGUUUAGAAAAAUUGCAUAAUUUUUACCUACAUUAGGAUAAAGAUUGAAUUUUAUCAUUAGCCUAAUUUUAAGCUUAUAACUUAUGUCUGGAUUUAGUGUACAUGGGUAAGGGUGUAAAUGUAAAAUCACAUACAUUUAUAUGAGAUGUGGUAAUUGUCUCAGUGGUGCAUGUAGUAGUGAAGAUCGGAACAGAAGUCCGUGGCUGUGGUUACAAAUGUGGUUACAAUUGGCCAUCCGGACAAUUCGCCAGGGAUUGAAUCUGUUUAUAGUAUCAUAACCCACGAGCUAUCCAGUGUAAGAAAUAUUGAAAAAUUAUAUUGUUUUACAAUUUGUAUUUUUCUUUGUUUCUGUCUAAUUUUUGUGGCUGUCAGGCAAGAUCGAAGUAGCACUGGUCACAUUCUUGGCCGUGCUCAAGCUCAGCAGCAAAAUGUAACAUCCUUACGGAAUUUGACUCCCUUGUCAUGUGGUGUCUUACGUUGCCUUACUCAUGCAGCCAUGUUGUUGGGAACAGAUCAGAAUAAUCAGGUAGGCCAUAUAUGUUGUACAUGUUAAACAUUUAACUUAUGCUCGCUAUGGAAAGUUAAAUCUUAAUUUUAUUUGUAUUAAAAAUAGUAAAAGUAAAAUAGUAAUAGUUUGUAUCAGUAAAUUUAAAAAAUUUGGGUGCGCAAUGAUUUUAAAAUUGUCUUCCUACAUGUAACCUGAAUAUAUCUAAAGUUGUUCUGUUAGUAAUUUUUAUGUGUUCAUGAUAUAAUUUAUUGAGUUACAUGACUUUGUAAAUAUAAUCUUUGAAAUAUGGAAUAAGUAUAAACUAUAACAGGCAUUAAUAACGUAGUCUCAUACACAUUUUAAUUUAAUUCCUCAUGAAAUUUCGGUAUACUGUUUUGCAAAUAAAAUAUAUCAAUGUUUUAACCAGAAUAUUGCUGCUGUCAUAAAACCACCAGUUUGGGAUGUUGUCCAGUUUUUAAAGGAACAUAUACAACAUGAUAUAAGAUGUAUAGCACGAAGUACUGGCAACAAUGAUGAUGAGGCAGUGCAGAUAAUCCAUUUAGUGCUUGCUGGUAUUGUCAACAACCUGGGUCGGCAUGGAGGUACGUUUAAUUGCAUAUUACAUUUGUAACUAAUUUCACUAGCUGGUUUGUGACUAAUGUAUUGCUCAAAGUCAAAACUCACAACCAUAUGGACACAACUUCGAUCUCUAAGCGUGAAAGUCACAAUGAAUAUGUUAAUGUUUGUUCGCAGCAUUUCGCAAAACAUAAUAUGUUUGGAUGCGUUCAUAGGCGAUCAGAAAUUGAGAGCUGAGAUGACAUGCAUAUAGGAUGAACAGGCUUAUAAGUGUUCUGAAUAUUAAUGAGGAAAACUGCUAAAUUAUUUAUUAAGAUAUAGUCGGCAAAUUAAAAAUUGAGAUAUAUAGUCGGCAAAGUUUAUGAUUUAUUGGUAAUAUUUCGAGAUUAAGAAAAGGUUAAUUAAAGGCUUAGGAAAAUAUUUGGUAGCUCAAGAACUAUUUAAACUUACAAUGUCAGCCUUAUUUCGCCACAAAUAAGUUGAAAUAAAGCAAAACGAAAAACGCGGGAAAAUUCUUGACUGAGGCAUGUCAUGUAAUGAAUGCUCAGCGACAUGACCAUUUUUUCUGUGCAAUUUCUGGUUGUGCUAUGCAUAUGAACGCCCAUCGUGUUUUUUGCAAUUAAAGCUGUGGCGAAGAUAGCCAUGGCAACUGGUCAUGUUAUACUAAUAAACCUGCAUCUAACUAGGUUAAAGACAAUACAUUUGUAAAGCUUUGAAUAAUGAAAAUCAUAAGUGUUUGCAUAGAAUGACCUGUUGCUAUGGCUAGAGAUAUAUUUGGCACUGGAUUAAAGGUCUUGGGCCUGUUUUAUACGUAGAAUUUCGGUUGCGUCGAAUGCAAUUCAAACAAUAGAUAAUGAAGCUUAAUUGCAUUCGACGCGACCAAUUUCCGCACAUUUUAAUUAGGUAUUUGAGAAUAUAUAUAUUUUUUGUAUUUAAAAUACUUGCCAUUACGAUACAAUACAAAAGUACGACUCUAAACACUUCAUAUCUCGGGGCAUGGCUGAGUUAUCAUCACAGCUCUGUACUAAGGAUAAUAUCCACGGGAUCCAAUUAUACGAUGAGGCCUGACACUUCAAAAAAGCAACACGGUUUUGGAGAACGUGUUCAAGAUUUCUAUUGGUGUGAAAUUUUACACAGUUGAACUUAAAAGUUGCAAGAUUGUUAUUAGGUGCGAGAAAUAUCAAACCGCCAGAUGUCGUAUCCAAGAUUACUGAUUUUGCUAUCCCUGUUCUCUAUACAUACUUAAAUAAAAUGUUAAAUAAUAACUUUAUUGUAGGUUACCUAAAUAUUGGUGGCAACUUGACCACUAAUGUUUCAAGAACAGCUUGGGAAGAUGCAUUUAUGACCACUUAUUUGAACCCUGUUCUUUCCGUAAGUUUUUAUAUCAACAUAUUUGGGUUUUAUCACGAGAACGAGCCUGUAUUGCCAAGGCAAAUACUACCUGGAAGGGUGCGUUGGAUUCGUACAAUUAAUUGUGUUAACAAAUUACCAUUGAUUUUUCAGAAAAAAUUUAUUUGCUUUAAUGUAGGAAGGGGAUAGGCCUAUACCAGACGGAAAAUGUAAUUUAGAGGUGAAUAAAGGGCAGAAUAAAUGCUCUUCAAAAGACAUGGCAGAAAGAGAAAAAUGCAAGCAAUCAUGAUUUCUUGAAUGAGCUUCGAUAGGAUUCUGAUUGUUACAUUCUGACAUUUUUAGGUUAUUUCCGUCCUACUCCAGGACAGUUUGAGACGUAUGGCCCGAGAUGAGAGACUUGGUAUGUAAGAAUUUUUUACAGAGAUUUUUUGUAUUUUGUUCCAACAGUACAAGAGGGUGUGCAAUCUUAUUUUGAUACCUCAUCCACAUGCACACUCGCAUGCAAGGACAGUCUUUGCAAAAUCUCGGUCUUCUGUUCCCCAAUUUACGUCCAUAGGCGUGACAUUUAUAUUUGAAUCAUAUUUAACCAUGUUCGUAAUUUCAAAUAAAACAGAGGGAGAAUUAAGAAAUUGGGUAUGAUGGUUUAAACGUGGACAUGCUUUGAGCAUGUCUGGAACAUAGCUGUUCCAGUGAGCUUCAUAUAAAUCUGGAGCGAGAACUCGAGUUCAAAAAGUGAAGCCAGCUUUGUAUUAACCGCGAAGAUAAAAACAAUAGAAAGGGACUGGAACUGACAUCCAAUCGUUCCUUCAAUUUCCGCCAUCUUGGCAAGGAAUGUGCUGAUAUUUCGUUUUUUGAGAUCGAUUGAAAUAAUAACAUGGUUUUAUGAACUGAUAACUUGGUUAGCGAUACGGUCCUUUAGGAAAAACAGAAAUUAGCUGUGGAAAAUGAUUUGGGAACUAUUUACGACCUUCAGAACUAUAUAGGACGUCAAUGGCCGCCAUCUUGGCUUCACUUUUCUCAUAGGCUGAAUGACUGAAGUUCUUGCUCCAUAUAUAUAUGGACCUCACUGAGCUGUCCGAAAUCUUAACUCUCCGAUUUAACUCUCCAGUGGCAACUCUCCUUCCACUCGCACCAAACACUUUACUAUUUUAUUUGGCCGCGCUUUUGGUUCUAUUUGCUCGCAACAAAGAUUGCAUGUGAAACCAAUUACUUUCAUGCAAUGAUAUAUUUAUUUUCUUACUUGUAGUCUUAUAUAUUACUCGAUAAUUAGCGUCUUGAUAAGUUUUCUUAAUAUAUAUAAUAUAAUUCUUAAUACUGUUCUAAUUUAUCUCUUUUCACGACUGAGCACAACUCUUCAAUUCCUGCAUGACAAUUCUUUAUCUUUAAUAUCUUCGCCUUCGUAUAAUCAUUUAAUUAUUUCUUACACGGCGAUGUUAUUCAGGCUUUCGCCUUAUAAAUAAUGCAUCAAUUGUCUAGUUGUGCUCAGGCUUUUAUACGCUCUGCUAGGGGAAGAAACUACAAAACUACGACUCAUUUCCCCUACGCAAUACAGUUCGUUAAAGCAAGUUUGCAUGAGUAAACCACAAAUUGACCAACGCUAAUCCGAGGCAUGUCCGCUACGUUAGUUGUGGGACAUAUUAAUCUUUAAUCUAUUCGCUUACUCGUAGUAGCUUUUAGCCUAAUACGCUGUUCUAUAUUGUUUGACCCUACCAAUUUCUAGGACACACAAACAUGCAUACACAGCAACAAUUAUAUUAACUCUACAUAAGCUUCUGUGCAUCGAUCUCUAAGCUUAACGAUUAAAGGCUUCCUCAAAAUAUUCAAACAUCCUUAAAUAUCUGAGAUCACCAGAGAUAUAAUACAAUUUGACACACAAGUACUAUAUAUAAAUAGACUACUAUAUUUGGGUUUCCCAUAUUUGAUAGCUGCGAACAAACGUUUUGAAAUUUCAUACGAAAUUGCAAACGAAAGUUUUCUACUUUUGACUGUUGCAAUUAACACUGUGCAAAACUGAAAAUCCUUGGAUAACUCUGUUGAUUUUCAGUAAUUGGCAAUCAUAUUUAAACUUCAUCAAUCUGCAGGGAAUAAUCGUUUGAUGAGAUUGGUACAUGAACUGGAUGGCCCAAACUAUGAGUCCAUAACCAAACUCGAUCCAAUGUGUCCAGCACUAUGGCGAUACCGCAAAAAAAUCGCCAUAGAAAACGUAUCGUUCAAGUUUCAAGAGUAUGCACAAGGAUGCGAUAAGCUAGAGAGAUGUGAAAUUUUGGCUGAAUUCUUGAAAAAGGUAUGCGAACAAAUAGCUUAGGAUGUCUGAGGGAAAAUUACAUCUCAUGUUAACUGUUCCAAUUGCAAUUCACAAAAUAAUAAUUUCGCAUACAAAACAUACUUUUCAUAUGUGCAUGAAAGAUCAAAUUUCAUAUGCAUAAAUUUUGAAUUUUUCAUACAAGAAUAUGAAAUGCACAUUUUAGAUGUAAAAUGUUCCUAUUUCCAAAGAAAAUUUUACAUGUGGUAAGGAGAUGCACCAACAGGCUUCAGUUGUGCCGCCUCUUUCGGCCAAAUUCUCUAUUGUUGUAUAUCAAGCUAUCAUGGAAGCGCCUUGGGCAUGCCCUUUUGUGAAGAUUCUAUACGUUUUGGAGAAUGUUUCAUACCACUAAGUACUGGCCAUAUACGGAAAUUAUAAAAAUACAUAUCUCUGUCAUAUAAAUCAAUAAAUAUUUUCAUGUCAAUAAAUAUUUUCUUAAAAUAAGAAAAUUAUAUUUUCUUAAGAAAAUGAUUUUUUGCUGUGCAAUUUCUUGGUCAAUUUUUAUUUAUAUACUAUUGUCUCAACAAACAAUUAUUUAAAUUUUGUUUCAUGUAUGUCUAUAGGAGCAACAUCUCCGUGCGUUGCAGUAUCUUCCAGAUAUUAUAAAACUACAGCGUCUGCUUUUCGAGAAAUUUCAUCGUCGUUUAGAUCGAAAUGAAGCGGAAGAAUUCACUCUGGGAAAAUUCUUGAAAAGAUGUAAUUAUUACAUUAACUUUACUUAUUAAGUUAAGUAUGUUAGACUGCUGAAAAUGGAAGAUCUCAUGAAAUUCUAACGAAGGAAAUUCUGAUAAUCAAUUUGUGUAAUGCAAAUGCACUGCGCAAAUUGUGCGGUCUUCAUCAGAAUAAUUGCAGUUGGGGCAUGACACGCGUACAAAGCUGAAACUAGAAAACAUGUGUAUUGAAAUAUGCCACAUUGCUCAUCAUUUGUGUUUUACACACACGAUAGAAGUAUCGGCCUUCUUCUAUCUUCUUCUUCCAUACACUUGAAAGAAUUUUUUAUUAUUUGGAGUCAACUAUAUAUCCGAAAAAUAAUUAUUGUUUGAGCCACUUUUUGCAUAUUCCGAAAUCACAUUGCAGUUCUAUUGUGACUUUAUAUACAAGCACAGUAAGCACAAACGAUGGUUGAAUACUUUGGUAUCUAUAUUUAAAUGUCCAGUUGAAGCUACGUAUUAUGGUAUAACUACAAUAAAUCCAAAUGCUGAACACGGCUUCGCAAGUGCUUGCAGUGCGAGUAUAAUAAUUUCUAACAAUUAUUGAACGAGGUUGAGUAUGAUAUGAAGAAUUAUCAAGCCAGAAGUUUGGUGUUAAAUAAUUUUUCAUAUGUGAUGAAAACCGAAUUAAUAAUUGUUUUAUUAUUUAUUUAAAAGUUUAAUUAAAAAGACAUCCGCAUCUGUGGGUUCAAUUCGUCGAAAUAAUCAGUCUUUAAAGUCCUCUUUUUUCCAUAAGUACCUCAGGAUGUUUCAAAACUUUUCGUGGCUGUUUUUUUAUGAAACCAGGUUAAGAACGUGAUUGUUCGAUAGUAUCGUACUAUCGUUUUGUUUUGGCUCGGUCGACUGUUACUGUGUCGUCGUUUAUCAAUAUAUCUCCGUAAAUGAGUACUAUAUUAUUUUAAUGAAAUUUCUACCAAGUUUGCAUAUUUUUAAUUUUCUCUUUAGCUCCUCAAAUAAGAGAACAAUUCAAAGCUUUGGUCAACAGUUUUAAAAUGGCUUGGAAAAUUGUCCGAUCAUCCCUUACACAAGAUGGUAAGUAUUAUUUUUUUUAUUUUUCAAAACUGAUUAAUUCGCAAGCGCUUUCUAAUCAAUUCAAUAAUGUCUCUGGUUUAGUUUCUGUAUUCCCAUAAAACUCUCUCAAUAAUAUUGUUAUCCAGCUAUUAAUAAUAAGACCUUUUUAAGUCGUUAAAUAGAUCACACCCGGAAACAACAACUAUUAAUUGUGGUAGUCAACCACCAUAUCAUGCUAACCAUUAUAUCAUGCUGACGCGUGAUAACGAAAAGCCUUACCGUACAUUUCCUAAAAUCCCAUUUUUACAUUUUGAUCAAUGAGCAUUCAUGAUAAACGAACUUCUACAGUUGCAUGCUGGUAUUGACUCACUGUUACCAAUUUAAAAUCAUAGUCGCCUCUGAUUCCGAAAUUUACACUGUUCCUGUAGUACAACAACGAAUUAAUUUAUACGUUUUGUUUUUCCUUUAUUAUUAUUGUAGGCCCUUAUUCAAUUUCGCAGGAAAUGUGCUGCAUUGAUGUGACAAAUUCAACACCAAUUUCCAUGUUUUUGCCUGCUAAUUCAGGCCAGGGAAGUUGUGCUUUGGCUUUGAACAAUUUUCUCGUGACCUUACAUAAUGAUUUUAUUGGCCGUUGCAAGAGCUUACUAAAAGAUGAAAGUCGGUAUGUGUAA